AUGGUUCCUGGUAACCGAACUUUCUUAGCUCGUGAUUACGAGGUCCCUAAACGGCCUAUUUUCAUUCUAGAUGAUUGGGAUAUUGUGCAGGGAACUGAUGCUGCAGCGUAUGUCUCUAGUGGAGUGACAGAUGGUGUGAUGUACGGCACGAACGGCUGCGUGGGGGUUCGACACCGCAGCGAAUGUGAAACUAUUGGUUUUCAAACAAGUGUGUUUAUGAAUGGUGUCUAUCAUAGUCUUCCACUGGAUACUUGUAUUGAUAGUAAAGCUUUACCAGAAGAGAUGCAGGUUGGGGCAACUAUAUGUGAUGUGAAUCUUGAUUGCCUGAUAGAUGGAGAUUCUGGUACACUUCGGGCUAUGCCAUUACGACGACUCAGUUUGCGUGAUGCUACCUAUCAUAGUUAUUGUAAUGAUGUAAUGAGUGGAGAUGGUGGUCUAAUGUUUGAUGGAGAAUAUCGUCGAGUGGUUUCUGUGAAAGAAUUAGAUCUAUGGGGAGCAGAUGUGGUUUAUAGUGGUUUCUCUUUUAAUAAUUCACCAAGUGAAAUGCAUUUAAAUGAGUCUACUACUCUUUCUCGUUCCAUGGGACAAAUUGCUUCUAGCCAAAAUGGAGAAUUUUCAACUUCUUACACUCUUGAUUUUGUUGCAACUAUUACCAUAGAUUUAUGUAAUUGGGUUAUUUUACGUGGAGACUCUACAGAUGAAUUUUUAUUACAAUCACUUACAUCUGGUUUAAUAGUAAAUACUGUCACACAAUCUUCUUGUCUUGUGGAGUAUUCUAAUAGUUCUUGUAAAAUUUUACCAGAUCAAGAAGUUUUAUCAGAUCCAGAUGAAAAUAUGAUUUCUCCUUACGAUCGACCUUUUUCAAGCGUUCCAUUCUUUAGCGAUAGUGAAAGUGAUCAUAGUCUUGCCAAUCGAGCUUCACCUCAUAAAUGUAAUCGUAAUGGUAAACGUAUAGCCUUUAAAAGGCGUUUUUCUUUAGUACUUACUACAGAAAAUGUACCAGAAAAAAUAACGUUAACUUUUUUGGCUAGACACUAUAAUGGUAGAAAUAUAUCACCUUUACGUACAUUUCCAAGUAUUUCUGAUAUUAUAGCAGAACAACGAGUGAUAUUUGAUGAAUUAUGGAAUAAUUUUUAUAUCGAUUUACAACAACAAGGAGAAUUAACACCAAAUCGUAUGCGUUUAGCAUUAUUAUAUAAUGCAUUUAGACUUUUUUGCGUUUCAUAUAAUUUACCGAAUGGAUUACCUCGUAGUGGAUGUUCUGCAACUAAAAAAAAUUUACAAUAUGAUCUUCAACAAUAUUUAUAUCAUGGUAUUUUCUAUACAUAUACAUUUCCUUCACGUGCUUUAGAACUUAUUCGAAGUCUUUAUUCUUUACUUCCACAAGCACGAAUAAAUGCACAUCGAAUUUCUCUUAGUCAUGGUGCUAUAUUUCCUCGUAGUACUAUAAAAGGUACGGAAUGUCAUUAUUAUAGUACUAUAAAUCAUGCACGUUUACAUGUAAAUGCAGAAAUAGGAUAUAUUAUUAAUAUAUAUUUUAUGGCAGUUGAAGAUAUAGAUGAUAAUGAUCGUUUAUGGCUUCUUGAAUUAAUGUUAGAAACUGCAAGAGUAUGGCCACAAUUAGGUGAAUGGGUAGAAAAUGAAGGAGUUUUUCGUUUAGAUAAUAUUGCAGGUCCUGAUGAAUACAAUGGUAGUGCUUCAGGUAAUUUUUAUAUUCAUUUAUCUGCUAAAAUGCAUUUACGUCAUGCUUUAAAACUUUAUAAACAACAAUUAGAAAUUCUUGGAGAAGAAGUUAUGACUCGUUUAUUAAAAGAAAUUGAUAUCGAUAUUUCUGAACUUGAAAAUUUUCAAAAAGUUUCUGAUGGAAUUGUUAUUCGUCGUAAUGAUCAUCUUGGAGUUUAUAUGGUUCAUGAUCAUUUUCAUACUUUAGCAGAAUGGAAAGGUGAACGUGCGAAACAUCCAUUAUCUAUGAAUUAUCAUCCUUUAGCAAUAUUUCGUCAUAAACUUGUUGAUAUUCCAGAGGUAUUAUUAGGAAUGCUUUUGUAUCAAAAUGAAUUUGAAAAUAAAGAUUUUGUACGAAAUUUAGCUUAUUAUAAACCUCUUUGUACAUAUGAUUCUCCAGAAUCUCUUGCUCUUGUAGCACUUAUGGAACUUCAUGCUAAAAAAUCUUUUGCUCAGGGUAUACCAUUUUUACGUUCAUUAAUGAGUCUUGAUUUGGAUAAUAUUAUUUAUACUGCAGAUGAAGGACUUAAUUUUGCUGCCAUGUCAGCUUCUUGGAUUGCUAUUGUUUGUGGAAUAGGAGGUCUUAAUUUAGUUCGUCAUAAUCUUCACUUGGAUCCAUGUUUUCCUGCAGGUUUAAAUGUAGUAAGUUUUACACUUUGUUGGCGAGGUUCUAUUUUACGAACAACUAUUGAUGCAAAUAAUAUCACAUAUGAUCUUAUUAGUGGGGAUAGUAUUCGGUUUGUUCAUGGUAGUGGUCAUCGUAUUCAUCUUCAUUCAGGUUAUAGACGUUGUUCUGCUAAAACUCAAGUAUCUGUUCCACGAUUAAUGAGUAGUAAACAAGGAGAAUUUGAAGGUGCUAUAUUUCUUUGUGAAUCUUUAUUUGAUGAUAUUAUGGAUAUUAACUUUAUGGCAUGGUAUAAAACACUUGAAUCUUUAUUUGAAAACCAUCGUGUCCUUCAUCUACGCGAAAUUCCACCCAUGACAGAAACAGAAUAUGUAACGAAAGUUAUUUAUCAAGCAGAACAACGAGAAAUUGCGUUUAGUGGAAUUCAUAAUGUUCUCUUAGAACGCGGUAUUGAUCUUGAACUCGGUUCCCCGGAUGAUGCGGAGAUUGUGGAAACUCGUUAUGGUCUUGCUAAUGCCAAAGUGGCAGAAAUGGCGGAGAUUGUCUCUCGGGAAAUGCCUCAAGUGAAUAGUAGCAUGCGGGCGUUAUUAAGUGAUCUCGCCGAGAGUGGCAUUGCCCUCGCCGUUGUAACGUACACUCGCAGUUUGAAGGCCCUCAUGCAAUAUAAUCCCGAUGUGUUGUCUCUCAUCCUCGCCUACAUUGACGGAGAGGAGGCGUAUGAUCGGCGGAUUAAGAGUCGGCCGCAUGUGGAUAUCUUCCUGCGCGCCGCGGAGAAAAUCCACGUCGACCCCGCCCGCUGUGUGGUCUUCUCCACACACAUGGACCGCGGGUAUCAGGCGACGGCCCUCGCCAAGUUCCGCAUGUUCUUCGACGUUGAGGAGCGAUUCGUGGCGGCCCACAUGCCGCAGCAGCCGCAGUCGUAUCCAACACUCACACCGCAGGAGGCGAAGACCGCGGGAAAGCCGAUAGGUCCACUUAUUUUGCGAAUGCCGCGGGUGAAUAUACCAACCACGAUUGAUGCGUUAGAGGAUAUAUUGUAUGAACGGGGUACUGCUGAUAAUAGUCCACUGUCUGUAUGA